AUGCACCGCGCCAUCUUCCUUCUCCCUUUCCUCCUCCUAGCCAGUCCAGUAUCAGCAGUGACAUGGUACUUCCUCCGGUAUUACCCCGCCUCCGGACAGAAGUUCACCUCCUUCUCGGGCGAGAUGGUGAUCCCGUCUCUACCGCGCGCCGGUGUUUACUACCUCUGGCCAGGCUUGCAGCCGACCGAUAACUCUGGCGUAUAUCAGAACGUUCUCGACGGUCGUAGCGGAACCUGGUGGCUGGGAUCCGGAUGGUGCUGCUCUAACCCAAGUCUCCCCUGGGGUGGAGGCUUCAACACCUACGGUGGGGAGACAGUAUCGUUCCAGAACACUCUCAAAUCGGACGAUUCGGCGUGGACCAGCAUCGUGACGAGACAGACCGGAGGCCAGAGUGUUACUAAUGACUUUGCUUUGGCCGACAAGUCUUUCAAUCAAGCGCUUUUUGCUAUUGAGUUAUACGAUGUCUCAUGGGACUUCGGUCCACUGGCAUUCGACAACGUUGUAAUUACGUCUAUCGGCAGCUCAAACUCUAGUUGGUGCAAUAGCUUGCCGGAGAAUUACGAUUCAGCGACAAACUAUACCAUCUCCGGCGCGAGUGCGACUGUAAGCGGUGACACAGUCACUUGCAGCAUCCAGUCGGUUGUGCUUCAUGCACCGGCGUGA